GACAUUUUUGCGAAUUCACGUUUGUUUCUGUAAUAUUUGCCACAAAAUGGAAACUUUAAUGAUAAAAAUCAACGUUGCUUCUUAAGGUAUUAUUACCUUCCUUAUAAGGUAAUAAGGGAAAUAAUCCAACACAAAAGUGUGAAUAAGUAAAUAACGUAUAACGUAAAUGUGUCAAAUGUUAACGUAAGUUUGUUGUUAGUGACGUGGAGCUGCUUCACCUGUCACUGCACCUACAAACCAGGAAGUGCCUCAAACACACACACACACACACACACACAGUGCAGGGACGAAAGCGCGGCAUCACGUUUCUACACUUCAGCGAGGAGCGUGACAUGUUGAAAUGAAGUUUGAUGAAAAAAUUCUCACCUAUUUCGAAUCUUCUAAGUCACGUGUGGACAAGGAGGGUUACCUUUACAAGAAGGGUGAGAUUAAGACUUCCUAUCAGAAGCGCUGGUGUGUGCUGAAGGGAAACCUCCUCUUCUAUAAGGAGCGAGCGUCAGACCGGGACCUGACCGGAGUGCUGGUCCUGGAGGGCUGCACCGUCCAGCUGUGUGAGUCUGACGAGCAGUUUGCCUUCUCGCUCGUGUGGAGCGAGCCGGGACUGCGCACGUACAAGUUCGCCGCCGAGGACCAGGAGAGUCAGGAGAGCUGGAUCAAAGCCCUGCUGACCGCCAAUCACAGCUACCUGUCUCUGCUGGUCAUGGACCUGGAGAAGAAGUACAGAGACACAUUAGCUGCCAUCUCUGCUGAACCAGGCAGCUCUUUCACCAUGCCUAAUUUCCACACCACAGAGGCUGGUUUUUCUGCAGCCAGUCAGAUCACACAGACUUCAACCCUGCCUGGGACUGCAGCACCAGGUGCCAUGGCAGCAGGAGCCAGUCUGACACCAAACCUUCCAUCCAAAACAGCCACCAAGAGGUCACCCAAGCUCUGGCCCAAGAGGAGCACAAAUGUGGUGCCCAUCAACACUCCUGCCCCGCCCAUGGGGGAGUGGUCAGCAGCCUACUUCGAAGCAAGGGAGGAGUUUCCUAAACUACACGAAGACUUUGGAAAAGAAAUCAAGAAACUGAUAAGUAGUUGGUCAAGAAGGGGGCAAGCAGGUGAAGAUGUUCAGGAAGAGAACUUAAUAGAUUUUGGAUAAACUGGUGUGAAUAUAAAGUGUUAAUGGUCUCAUUUCAGUAACCAUUGUCACUUUAUCAAGCAUAGACUGGUAUUUUAAGUUAUGUGUUGUUGAGAUUGAAGAUAGAUAGAGUUGUAUAUGUUUAUACAGAAUACUGUUUCUGUUUUACUCGUUCAAUAAAUGACCUGUGAUUUGAUGCAGUGAUGACCUUUGAUACAUUUGACGGUGAAAUGUUGAAAUAUAAUAAUAUACUUUAUCUGCCCUGCCUCAUGUAUGAGGGGACAAAUGAAAUGUCACAACUUCCUCUUCAAGAAGAACAAUAAAAAGAGGAAACUUGGAUUUUAGUGUUUACGAUCAGAGAUGGGAUUUAUGGCUCUUUCAAAAGACUAUUUUGGAUCUUUGUAUAAAAUGUGUCUUAGUGUAAAUAAAGCUCUUUUGACUUGUUAAUCAUGGAACACCUUUUCAUUUGUGGUGCAAUAAAAAAACUGAGCAGUCUUACCCUG